ACAAGGCUUGGCACUUCCAGUGGUCCCUCAGUUCCCCCGCUACUGGGCUGAGGCAGGUCCACUGCUGCGUUCUACCCAGCCCCACCAUGUCUCCUCCCCUCCAGGGCAGUGCAGAGACCCUUACCCUUCCCAGGCACUAUUCACCCUCAGCUCUCCGACAGCCUAGGAGUUGAUCUGUGACUCACAGAAGGACACUACAAAGAAGUGACCUGAGGUAUUCAGUGCCCUGGCCAGAGGGAGCUGGGAUGAGGACCUGUACGUGCAUAUACCACUUCCUGGUCUUGAACUGGUACAUUUUCCUCAAUUACUACAUCCCACGGCAUGGAAAUGAACAGAAGGAGUAUAAAAUAUUUCAAGAUGGUGCCCAGUGGAAGUACCUGACUCUUCUUAAUCUGUUCUUGCAGGCCUUUUUCUUCGGGGUCGCCUGCCUGGAUGAUGUGCUAAAAAGAAUCAAAGGAAGAAGAAACAUUAGGUUCAUAACUGCCUUCAGAGACCUACUGUUCACCACGUUGGCUUUCCCUGUGUCCACAUUUGUAUUUUUGGUAUUCUGGACCAUCUUUCUCUAUGACCGAGAGCUCGUUUACCCCAAGAUCCUAGACGAAAUCUUUCCGAUAUGGAUGAAUCACGCAAUGCACACGUUCAUAUUGCCCUUCUCGCUGCUUGAAGUCGUCCUCAGGCCACAUCACUAUCCAUCCAAGAAGACAGGAAUCACGUUGUUGGCUGCUGGCACUGUUGCUUACACUGCCAGGGUCCUGUGGAUCUACGCCGAGACUGGCCGGUGGGUGUACCCUGUGCUUGGAAAACUCAGCCCGCUGGGCCUCAUGGUCUUCUUCUCCUCCAGCUACUUCCUGAGUGUCAGCAUCUACCUGUUUGGAGAAAAGAUCAACUGCUGGAAAUGGGGUCAGUGUAUUUCUCUCUUGUGUACAAAGAUAUUUCUUUCUUACCCUUUCCUCCACUCUUUCUGGAAAUGGAACGAAAAACUACUCCAACCCAGAAGGCAGUGGUGUUUGAAGAUGUUUAGCCAAAGGACUGGGAGAAGUCCUACCAAAGUAGGCCAAGGCAUGGCCUGGGACAAGCUGGCAUUCCCAAGGACUCCAUCAAAUCAUCUCCCUCCUCCCCAGACAGCAUCUUAUUUAACUUGAAAGGCACAUCUUAUUUAGAAAGCUCAGGACUCAGAGAACAAGAUAUUAUUGUUCUAGAAAUGACAAAAAAAAAUGGUAGCAGAA